AUGCACGCUGAGAAUGUCUGGAAAUGGCUUGAUGCCGUCGACCAAGACAAUCUCGAUCCUCUGGAUCAGUGGGGUGUGCCACCGCUGCGAUGCUCCCAUCAGGAUACACCAUCUCCAUCCAACAGUGUCUCUGACGGUGGUGAUAUAGAAACAUACCAGCAACACUACAACAAGCGCAACGCAGACGUAGCGAGUUUCUUAGAAUCCAUACCCCCCGCGGGGAUCCUCUUGCGUAACGGAAGCAUCAGAGUUACCAGCCAAAAUCCAAAGGUUUUCGCAUGUGAUGUGGAGAACGACAACCAUCCUCAGUCGUUGCUACCUGGCUUUCCUACAAGUUUCGCACGCGUUGUGGAAAACAAGGAUCAUUCUCAGUCGUUCAUCCCUGGCUUCGCUACAAGUUUUGAGGCAACAGGUCAACAGACUGACGCUUCUCCUGCCCGCCAACUACAAGUUUCAGGGAGAGAAGGCAACAGCGAAUCUACCAACCCAAAACGGCUGCCAACAUUUUCUGAGCGAGCUCGCGUGGGUGGUCCCUCAGGGGCCUUGUAUUCAACCCCAAUCAUCCACGUUGAAGUCAAAGACUCCGUGGCUAUCAACUGCCAAGGUGCAAAAGUCGUAGGAGAGUAUCAGCAGAACGGUCUUCGAGGUCUCCCGGGUAUGGCGGAGAAGCCACGGAGGAAUAGCACCUUUGGUGAAGGAGUGCUACAUCGAAACAAUGCUACCAGGAGACUCUCCAAUUGGACCUGCUGA